UUGCACGAACUUUUCAAUUUGCAAGCGGUGGUGCAAAGAGAAUAAAGCUGGCUUGACUCUGCUGCCGCUUCUUCACUCGUAAUACCUGGAUACCCUCUGCAUACACACCUUAAUAUGCGCGGAGAAUUAUGCAUCGGUUCAGCGUCCUUCCUCUCUCUGGUAGCACUGAUUCUGCUCAUCUUCAUGCACGUUGGGCAGAUCAGUACCUCCAGCGUUCCUAGGAACAUUGCAAUGAUGAAAGUUAACAUGACCGGCUACGGUGCUGGCCUAGCUGCUGCUACGGCACCUGACCCUGUGCAAGGCCUGUACACUGAUAAUGCCUCCACUCCCCUUUCCCAGCACUUGGGUUUACGAAACUUCUACGAGUUUGGUUUAUACCGCUACUGUGCCUACGUCAACAGCUCUCAUGGCACAUGUUCCCCUCGUGUUACCGCCGACAAGCUACAACCCUAUGAGGCCGUCAUCAGCGACAUGCCCGAGCAGUACACCAUAAUUACCGACGCUCUUAUAUCCGAGCUUCCCCCCACCACUUUCAGCAAUUCUCAAUAUCUCGGCGAGUUCUCCAGGGCAGCCUACUACUUGUUGCUUCUCGGUUCUGUCGCGAGCGGUUUGGCGUUCCUCGUCGGGCUAUUCAGACACGCCCUGGGCUUCCUGGCAUCAACCGUAUUCGCAAUCUUUGGCAGCCUGUUUCUCCUCAUUGGUUCAGUGAUUUGGACCGUAAUUAUUAAGAAGGCCCAGGGAAUUAACACCGUCAUGAUACACACAACUCCUCCCACGCCUCUAGGUAUCACUGUUUCUCUCGGGGAUGGUCUGCUUCUUGCCUGGGCCGCCUGGGCAUGCCUGGUUGUUUCCGUUCUACCAUACAUGAUCAGCUGUUGUACCUACCGUGGUUAGAUUUUGUUCUGAUGCUGGUCAUCAACGCCAGAGUUAUUAAAAGAGCCCCUUGCAUGCGCCUUGCUGUCAGAUGAAGGCCUAUGAGCGGUUCAUCAGUAAUGAGCCCACCUGUAACAUAGAGCGGACUUUACGAGAUUUUUAUGAUGUGG